AUGAUCGACUACUACGAGUUUCUGGGCCUCAACCGGCAGUCGGGCGAUGACGAUGUGGCCAAGGCCUAUCGCCGGUAUGCACUUGCUUACAACCCGCAGUGUCAUUCCAACAAUGCCGACCAAGAGACGGUGCAGCGCAAUUUUACGAUGGCGGCGCAGGCGUACACUGUGCUCUCGGAUCCGAAGACGCGCGCCAUCUAUGAUAUCUACGGAGAGGAAGGCGUCCGCCAUGGUGGCACCGGUCAACAAGGGGUGCCGGGCGGUAUCAACCUUGACUUAAUCGAUCCCAACGCUGUCUUCACCCGCUUCUUUGGGGUUGACAACCCGUUUCAGGUGAUAGGUCGCAUUGACGGGGUGAAGAGCAACCAGCAUGACUUCUUUAGCGCCGUUACCGGCAUGCCGCCGAACCCGCCCAAGUGCCCGUCAAUCGAGGUACUGCUGCCGGUGACGCUCGAGGACGUAUUUUAUGGCGCCACGCGCCGGGCCACGUGGAGUGCGUCGCAUGCUGGCAUGCCCGCACUUGAUGCUGCGGCGACCGUAACGGAGGAGUCCUACGAGGUGCGUGUAGAGAAAGGUGCGAAGACGGGCGACCAUUUCACUGUCGAGGGACGUGGCAACACCUGCCUCGGAUACGCGCGUGGUGAUGUUGUCAUAGUGGUGAACGUCAUGCAGCAUACAAGAUUUCGUCGGGAGGGCGACGACCUGGUCACUAAGGCAACCAUCUCCCUGCGCGAUGCUCUCUGCGGCACCACUGUGACGGUGCAUACGAUGGAAGGCCGUGAGCUGUCCAUCUUGAUUGACGAAAUUGUGGACCCCACCUACCGCACGCGCAUCGCUGGUGAAGGUUUGCCGAACCACGGCGGUGUUGAUGCUCCACGCGGCGACCUCGUCAUCGAGUUCACCACAAAGUUCCCAAGCUUUUUGACUGCGGAGCAGAAGACGGAGAUUGGCCGUAUAUUGGAUGCCGACUAG